GCGAAUGGACACGUGUUAAAGUACAGCACAUUACAGGCCCGACGUCCCAAGGGGCUCGGAAAUAAUUGCAAGCAGAUAUGUUAAAUAGUAUCACUGCAAAAAUAGUUUGAGAAUUACAUUGACAUCACAGUUGCCCGGACGUGAACUUAUUGAGGGAAAGAAACUUGAAACGUACAAGUAAGAAUCUAAUGGCUACCAACCACUCCUUGACAGUGUCUGAUCACACAGCAGAUGAAGCUGUACGGUCCACGUGUGAUGAUGCAACAGUUUGUAAAAGAUUUGCAGUGAGUCUGAAUUACUGGAAGGAUCCAUACAUACAGUACUUUACAAAGCAACCAAAUGAAAGAAAAGCUCCUGAAAUAAACAGAGGUUAUUAUGCUCGUGUAAAAGCAGUGAAUUUAUUACUGGAUGCUUUUGUAAAGAAAACCAACUGUGAUUGUCAAGUUCUAAACCUGGGUGCAGGCUUGGACACAACUUUUUGGAGACUCAAGGAUCAAAACAUCCUUCCAAAAAAAUACUUUGAAAUUGACUUUCCAAUGAUUGUCAUGAGAAAAAUACACUUAAUUAAAACAAAGCCUCCACUGUUAAAGCCAAUUCUAGAAACCCAUUCAAGUAGUAGCCUGCUGAUAGAUGGUUGCAGCAUGGACUCUGAUCAUUAUACCAUUGUUGGGCAAGAUCUCCGUGACCUCCCCACGCUGUUGGAAAGAUUGAAGAAAUUUGGUCUGGAUACAAAGUUGCCAACAUUGCUAAUUGCAGAAUGUGUUCUUGUCUAUAUGACACCUGAGCAAUCUGCAGAAUUGAUAAAUUGGGCAUCAAGUACUUUCAGUACCACCAUGUUUAUUAAUUAUGAGCAGGUGAAUAUGACUGAUCGCUUUGGCCAGGUGAUGAUAGAAAAUUUACAGCGACGGCAGUGUAACCUUGCAGGAGUUGAUGUCUGUCACACUCUGGAGACGCAGAAGAACCGGUUUCUUUUGAAUGGCUGGGACAAUGUGAAUGCCUUGGAUAUGAUGACUGUUUAUAACAGUUUACCACAAGUAGAUGUUCAAAGGAUAGAGCAACUCGAAUUCUUGGAUGAGAAGGAGCUUUUACAGCAGCUACUGCAGCACUAUUGCAUCUGCUGGGCCACAAAAGAUAGUGAAGAUUUUGGUAUUGGUGACAUUAUGUUUGGGAGCAUUUGAUUUCCAUUGACAAGCUACUUCAAGCCUGAAAUGACAAAUCCUGCAAUUAGUUUGCAUGAAAAACAAAAUCUACUAAAGCUGUAAUGGGACAGUGCCUUUGUGAUUAAGUGUUUGUUGAUGUGCAACAGAAAAGGUUGAUAUUAAACCAUUUUGUGAACAAAGCCUAUAAUGUAUGUCAGAUUAACAAGCCAUUGUUUUGCAUUAAAAAUGAUUAUUUUUUAAAUUUGUGACAGCCACAAAAUUCUGAGUUGCAAUCAAAAUGUUAGAAGUAUCGGGUUUGCUAGUGUACCAUCAAUUAUUUUUCAUUAAUUCACAAAAACAGUGUGCCUCAAAUGCUAUAGAUGAUGAACAUUUCUGCACAGUAUUAUGGAUUAUUUGAAUGAGAAAUUUUUAUUUGGGAUAUAUCUGCACUGACACAUGAACUGGUGAGCUGAUGUGUGAACUGAUAUGAUUAAUGCUGGUAAAUAGCCUGUACCUGACAGUUGACACUGGCAGACUGUACCCACUGAAUUGAGAGCAAACCUUCAGGUCACUGGCAACUGCUGGACCAUCAAUAAAAGUGAAGAAUCAUAUUAUUAAAAAUUUACAAAACACUUUAUAAAAAAUCCUGGGAAGCAAACUAUAGAUGCUGGUAAAACAAUUAUUACAUUGUUUAAAAUUAGAAGAAAAGGAAAUUACCUUGCAAUUACUUGCCUGCCUCCCCAAAAUUGUUGUUCUCUUAACAUAAUACGGCUGAUUUUUCAGCGUAAGCCUCAGUUCUGGGAAUUGUAUGGAAGUUUCCAGAGGAGCAAUUAGCUGAGCAGAAUUUCAGGAAUCCUGCCCCUGCAGGGGAACCCCAUAUGUUCCCACAAUUGCCUGGGUAGCAACUAUCAUAGUGUCAGCUUUUUAGUAAGUUAAAUUGCUUUUGUUAUUAUCUAAUAUGUACUCUAUAUAUCUAAACUGCCCAUGUCAGUCCAUAUUUGAUUGGUUCAUUGCACACAGUGAUUAGUCAGUUGGCAUUAACUGUGGCUUACUCAUCAGUGCACUCAUCCCAGCAACUUGAGUACUAAAAGUUUGGCUCAUGCUUCAGUACUUUGGAGGUGCUGUAUGGCUGGGAGCAUUGUCCUUAUCCUUCAUUGUCAUGGAUAAAUUUAAAGGCUAGGUAUGGUGUUAGAGUUGGCUAUUGAAUCCCUAGAGUUGCCGUUAAAAGCAACUUGUUAAAAUCACAUUGUGAUUUCAGGGACAUUGCUAAUUAAGUCAUGCAUUAGUGUGUUUGUCAGGAAGUGGCCCAGAUUAAUGUUUGUGAUGCACCACAAGCACUUAAGGUCGAUCUACAUCGAACACCUAUUCAAAACAACGGAGGCUUGAGUGUUCCAUUGCAAGGCUCAUUUAUGCUCAAGUAGUGACUAUAGUUAUCUCCUUAUGUUUGAAAAAUAAUGCCCGUUUAUACCAGUAGCAACAGUCAGUCUGCUAGUUCAAUCACUUUUGGAUCUACUAUUAGUUGGAUUAAAAUAAAUCAGCUAUCAAUGCUGUUUUCUUCAAAGUGCCAGAUAUGAAUGAAGUAGAUAAAUCCAUUAACACAAGCAAAGGCAUUCUGUUUCAUGUUUAUGUAUUUUGUUUGUAAAGGCCAGAGCUGAUCAAUAAUAAAAAAAUAGAAACAGA